CUCCAGUUUUCUUCGUGAUUAUUACGUAAUUUAUUGCCAUUUUCGGAUUCUACCAUCGAAGAUGCUCAGCUUGUGGGAUAGCUUAAGCUUAGGUUAUAGAUUUUCUUGAAACUUACAUCAUUCUUAUCAACUAGCUUUCCUGAGUUGAAUGAUGUACCUUGUUAUACCUACAAAGCAGCGUACUCGUAGCUAUGAAAACUUAAACCUUAAAAAAUGGCCAUUUUUCAGAAACCUUGUACUCGCCCGAAAAUUUACUAUGGGAACCUUCCCGAACGUGAUUAAACGUCCAGGACAAGAGGGUGUUUUGCACAGGAAUGUGACGGAUCACAUCAGAGAAAAACGAUGGACACAGUGGCCUACCUCCCUAUCCUGCUCUGCUCUACUCUACUCUGCUUUGUCCCCCGUUCGUUGUUUUUCCGUGCUCUUCUCCCAGGCCUGCUCCCUGACUCCUCCGCUACAUACCUCCGCUGCUGCGGCUGCUUUACCGCAGCUAACUACAUUCAGCAUGGGAAGCAGUCUAAUCCAAGAUCCUGCACGUCUGCACGCCAGACCCUCGGUGACCUCUAAAUCCAUCCCUGUUCAAGCCCCCCAGAGUGUCCAGGCCCACUCAGCCGAGGCGACAGUUAAGCCCUUCCGCCCGCAUAGCGGGCGGAACUUGCACAUCCGCCGCCGUCGUUGCCGUAUGGAGACACGUCCUCGACUUUUUCCCCGUCCGCGGCCCGGGCCCCGUCCUCGUCCGCGUCCUGGGCUACCCCUCUGGGGGGAGGAAUGGGUGGCCGGUCAGAUGGCAGCACUGGGGGAUUCCAGUAGGACAAGAGAAAAUGUACAUUAUGGACACAGACCGGGACCCGUAGAGAAGAGCAAGACGCUGCUGCUUUACGCCGUCCUGGGCGCCGCCGUCAGCGCCGUCUGGAGCUAUCUCUGACCAGCCGGCCAGCUUAUCCCUCUGCCGUUGCAGCAGGUGCCGUUAGGCGCGGAAUCUCCGUGGGGACAAUGCGACGGAGGAAACUUCCGCAGUGAAAAAUUCUGGUUUCUUCACCAGCACGGGUGCUUUCCUAUCUAAGCUGCACGAUGAUAUAAUGUAUAUAGAGAGCCCUUUCUUUCUUCGGU